AUGGCGACGUUUGUGGGGACGACACCCGGGGGAACGACUCCCGCGGGAAUGACUCCGGCGGGAACCACACCCGAGUCGGAGAAAGAUGCUGAAUUCCAGGAGCAUGAAAAGAUUCUGUCUCCAGAUUUUCUUUCAGUUGCCCAGAUCAUUGAAAUACUAGCAGAGGAUGUAGAUGGAGUUCAACAGAAACUAGAAAAGUUUUUGAAUUUCAAAAAUCUUCAAACCUGUUUAAAGGAAGCCAGUCUACUAGAUUAUUAUGUAUCUGGAUUUUUGUGGGCAAAAGGAAUGGACUUUUCUGUUAUUCAGUAUUCAAAAUUUAUGACUUUACUAGAUAUGCUACUUCAUAAUCUUAGAACACUGCAUAUGUCCUUAGAAGACAGCAUAAAAUGGCUUGGAGAAGUUAUGGCUGAAAUAGGACCAUCACACAAAAAUGAAAAAUGGAAUAUCUUUGAUGUGAAACAAGCCAAUGCUAUUGUUGAUUACUUGAAAAUCAGCUUAUUUCAACACUACAAGCUGUAUGAGUUUCUGUUCUUCUCUGUCAGGGAAGAAAUUGUGAUAGGAACUGAGCAAUUGAUAGAGGUUGUGAAUCCAGCAGAUCACCCUUUCCCUGAUCCUCUAGAAGAAGGGAUCUCAUUUGAUAUUUACUCAACAUUCAUAGAGCCACCUCCACCAUUGGAUAUGGAAAUAAAGGGGUUGAAUCAAGAACAAGGCCCUGAAGAGUCCCAGCCAGAAGCCGAUACUUCAGAAACUGAUCUGUUAGUUGGUUUCACCAUUGAAGAGAUAAAAUCGGUGCUGGACCAAGUCACAGAUGACAUUUUAAUCAGCAUUCAGACCGAGAUAAACGAAAAGCUGCAAAUGCAGGAAGAGGCCUUUAAUGCACGAAUAGAAAAACUGAAAAAGGCCUGA